CCCGUAUAGCGCAUCUCUGCUGUUCUCAGUCUCCUCCUGCAGCUGACCUGCAUCGCAACCCCAUCAUCACCUCUUGAUCAUCGCGGAAGAGUCGCAUCAGGGAUUCUUCUACAGCUCGCAUUCGGCUCCAGCAAAGGGAACGGGAAAAGGAAACAGGAAAAAGAAACCAUGCCUCCGACGUUGUCCACGCGCGGCGCAGUCCAUGCUGCUACCGUAACUCCGUUCUGGUCGAUCUUCGAAGACCUGCUGCAGAACCCGUACAACCCGGUGACGCGCAAAGGCCGUUUCGUCAACAUGGGCAUCGCCAACAACUCACUCAUGUCCGACGACCUUCUACGGUACUUCAACUCCCACCUCCAGCUCGUUCCCGAGGAUCUGACCUACGGGAGCUCGCUGUUCGGCUCAACACGGCUUUUCGCGGCGAUCUGCAAGCUGUACAAUUCGGACUAUUGGAGCCCGCAUGAGCCGGUGCGCCCGGAACACAUUAUCACCGCACCCGGCUGCGGCAGCCUGCUUGACCAGCUCGCCGAGCACCUCGCCGAUGCUGGCGACGCCUUCCUCGCCGCUGCACCGUACUACAACGGCUUCGACGCGGACCUCGCCACGCGUGCCAACGUCCGCUGCCUGCCCGUCUACUCGGACAUGGGCGAUGGCGCCGAGCGCGGCUCCUUCGAGGGCCCCACCGCGCUGAGAGGCUUCCAGUCCGCGCUCGAUGCCGCCGCGCGCAAUGGCACGCGCGUACGCGCCGUCCUGCUCAACCAACCGUGCAACCCGGUCGGACGCUGCUACGACCGUGAGGCCAUGCUCGAGUAUGGACGCUUCUGCGAAAAGAACAACCUGUUCCUCGUCGUCGAUGAGAUCUACGCGCUGUCCGUCUUCCCGACGAGCGACAACUCUGCGCCUGCGCCCUUUAUCUCUGCGUUGUCCAUCGAUUGGAAGAACGACGCCGGCGUCGACCCGGCGCGCAUCGUCAUCGUUAGCAGCGCGUCGAAGGACUUUACGAGCAACGGCCUACGUGUAGGCACGCUCGUGUGCCAGCAUAACGACUCCCUGAUCCGCGCCAUGAAGGCGACCGCCAAGCUUGCCAUGGUCAGCUCCGCGGCGGACGCACUGUGGAGCGCACUGCUGCACGACGACGCCUUCCUGCCGUGGUUCAUCGAGACGAACCGGCAGCGUCUGUCCGACGCGUACGAGACAUGCAAGGCGUGGUGCAUGCGCAUGGGCAUCGCGUACACGCCCAGCAACGCCGGGCACUUUAUGCUUGUCGACCUUGCACCCUUCCUUCCUACGACGCUCGACGGGACAAAGCUCAACUGUGAGGAGAGCGAGACGGCGCUCUGGGCCAAGUUCCUCGACCACGGCGUCGCAUUGACCCCUGGAUUCAACUAUCACCACCCCAAGACGGGCACCUUCCGCAUCACCUUCUCGCUCGAGCGCCCCGCGCUCGAGGAGGGUCUAGCGCGCCUCGAAAGGGCGCUGCGCGCUGUCGGAGAAGCAGGCGGCGAUGCCGCCGCCGCUACUUCUGCCUGCGCGGAAGGUGCCCACAGCGGCGCCCGCCUAGGCACCGGCGCUAUCCUCUGCGGCAUCAUCUCCGCUUGCACCGGCUCACGCGCCCCGGCAGCCGACCACGAUUCGGCCAUCCACGAAGGGUUGGCACGUCUCCAGAUCGCAGCGGCGUGCUCCGCUUGCUGCUGCUGACCGCGACUGGUUGUCGUCGCUCUUCGACACCGCCCUCUGGCAGCAGGCUGCCGUGCGCGUGGGUCCUGUCAGAUACCUGCCACAUAGGAACGAACGAGUCGAGAUGGAAGAGGAGUAAAGCGGAAGACGGCACGUAUACCAUCUACCAUGUAUG